AUGUUUCCCACGUUUGUGCGACGAGCGGCCGAAGCUGCCGGCUCCAAGCUUACAGUCUUUAACAACCCAUACCGGACGAAAAAAGUCUGGCCUCCCAACUUCACGAGCCUUUCGCCCCAGUCCCAGCUCCGAUUCGAGAAGAAAUACAAGCGGCGCCUAGCACUGGUAUACGCGAGGCCGCGAUGGAACAAGGCCGUCAAGCUGGCCCAGCUUGCGACAGUCGUCGGUUUCCUUGGCUGGACGUUCUUCUUCUCCGAGCUCGAGUUCUUUGGCAGGCAGUAUAGGCCUUCUGAAGAGAUCCGCAAGCGCGUCCUCGGCGUGUUUGGUACCAUCGAUGCCGACAAACGCUACGAGCGACGCAGAGAUGCGCCUGAAGCGCCCGAAGCGCCCACCUCCACCGCGUCGCCCAAAUAA